CCCAUAACCGCCCCGGGCCAGCCAAAGUCCAUCCAGUUCGCUAACCGUUUGCCCAAUCCCCGCACAGCCAGCCAACCGCAUCCAAUAAGCCCGCAUCAAUCAAUGUCUGCCCAUCCAUCCAUCCAUCUACCAUAUUCACACUGCACUGCGCUUUUGCAUACUUACUUACCCAACACAUACUCAAGACUCCAGUCACCCAUGCGUGCAUGCGCGCAUACAUACAUACAUGGUACGCGCAUGCACCGCUUUUCACAUGACAGGCCAGUCCUGCGGGCACCAAUGCUGCACCACCCCAUUCCGCACCUUGGCAGGAACUACAUACAGUACCUACCUACGGUGCAGCCCAUCUAUCCCAUCGACCGUACCGCCCCCGUCGUGCUCCUUGAUCAUCAUCAUCAUCAUCCUCUCCUUUUUCUCUCUUCUUCUUCGCUUCUUCCCUCCGGCUUCCAAUCUCCGCCCAACUUUUCCUGUAUGCAGCCGCAGUCCAAGCCUGCAUCGUCGCGUCGCAUCCCAUCCAGCAUCAUCAUCCUUGGAGUCGCUUACUCAUCCUCGUUUACCCAUUGA